AUGAACCUUCGAAAAGUAGCGAAGGCGCAGCCGCAGUCGCCCAGCGUCAGCACAAGGACAUCCACUCCAAAAAGCCAGGCAAGCGAUUCACAAGGCACACCCCGACCCCGGUCCAGUCGCAAGAAAUCCUCAGAUGCCCCAGAUACCAAAGCUAGGAGGGUACGCACAGGCUGCCUCACUUGUCGCCAAAGACAUUUGAAAUGCGACGAAGCUGUGGGACGAUGUCUCAAUUGUCGCAAGUCGGAUCGCAUCUGUCGGCGUGGUGUCCGGCUCAAUUUUAUUGAUACUCAAACUGUGGCGCCUCCACACAUUAUCGCUCGCCCCCACGGAUCGAAGGUGACAUUUCGAGAUGACUCGCGUUUGAUUGCGUCUCAGUAUGUGGGAGGCUUCGAGAUAUACCCGCCCGUCCCGCCUGAGAGUCCCGUUCAAGAGAACCGACAAUCACACCAUGACUUUGACUUUAUGGGGGAUGAUGAUUUGACAAAUCUCUUUCAAUCGGUGGCACAUUCAUUCGACCCACUGAGCUUUGAUGUGCCGCAUCCAGAUGCCGCGGAUUUUGUUGGAACUGAUACUUGGCACCAGUCUCACUUGGUACCAGGAGAUGAACUGCUUCCGCACGGAACGUCUCAUUUCGCACGCAAACUGGCUGGAAAACAUGAAUACCAUGCUUUUCUCACUGACCCAGAGCAAGUCUGUCUUCUCAGAACUUUCAUGGAAGAAGUUGGUCCCCGGAUGGAUAUAAUGGAUGAAAUGAACCAUUUUUCCCAGAUUCUUCCAGGAUUUGCCAUUGGCGAGCCCAUACUGCUAAAGGCAUUUCUCGCAUGUGGUGCUACACACCUUUCUUCGGUAGACCCUUCCUAUGGGGAUGAAAAAGCGGCACAUUAUUAUGAUGCGGCUACUCGGGAUCUUCUGAAUGCAACCCAUGAUCCUAACCGUGACUCUGUACUCUGCGCAACAGCAGCCCUUGCCCUUGGCUUCUCCGAAAGCAUGCCAAGCCAAUCAGGACACAGUGGAAACCACACCGCAGGCUCUCGAGCUUUGAUCCGAGAAUGUGGCUGGACUGCCAAAACCCCCGGGCUAGGUGGAGCAUGUUUCAGGAUCAGCGUCAGUGCAGAGCUCCUGAACUGUAUGCGAUAUAAUUGGACCUUGUCUUGGGAUCCAAACACUUGGGGGGUCAACAUGGACAUGGAUCAUUCACAGGCCACCAAUGGGAGCAAUCAAGAUCUUUGGCAUCAUCGGAUACUUUAUAUUUUCGCGAAAGUCAUGUCCUUCCAAGUAUCUUCGCGCCAAUCUCACGGUCUAGGUGACGAUGCGGCGCGGGCCAUCCAGCUCAACGAUAAUGAAUGGAUUACGCACAACAGGUGGUGUGAGCAAUGGGCAAAAUCUAUUCCUAGAUCCCUUGUACCCCUUGGUCAUUUGCAGCCAUGGCAAACGAAUUCGAAAUCGGUCUUUCCUGAAGUUUGGCUUGCCAACCGGUCUGCCAUUGUUUCUCGAUUAUUCUACCACGCCAGUCGUAUUCUGCUGGCCAAAACACACCCUUUCCAGUCAGAGUUCGAUGAGGAUAUGCGGAAAAUGCAAUGCAGCCAUGCGCACGAAAUUUGUGGCCUUAUUGCCCACACCACAGACCGUGGUGUCGCCGAUAUAUCCAUGCGCUUUCUUGUACUCGCUGCAGAGUGCUUAGAAACACGAGAAGCCCAAGAGGAGGUACUCGGCAUCUUUGAUACCAUCACUAAAAUGACUGGCAGCAGUGCUGAACCAACCAAAAACGAUCUCAAACAAAUUUGGAGCUGGGCCGAUGCUCACCCGCAUACGGUGACGCCAGCGCAGAUGCACAAUCACUUCUAUGAAUUAGACCCAUCUCUAUCAAUCUCCAACCACUCGGCCUCAUCUCCAGGCCUACACAAUCCCCUGAUGACUACGGGUGACUUCUCAUUGGAGAACCACCCGUAUCAAGGAUACUAUGUGCCACCAAAUCACCACCAUGCACUCAAUCAGUAUCACUAUGGGACGUUUGAUUUGAUUUGA